AUUAGUAAAAACUAUUAUUUGAAAACUUCAAAGUUCAUUUGUAAGUUGUAAAUUGUAACUCAUGAAGCUUCUAUCUUUCUUCCCCAAUUCACACUUCGUAACCCAUCCACCCGACACCACAAUCCACAAAUUAACCUCCGAUAAACAACCGCAUCUCCGCCGGAGCACUAGCCCUAACCCUAACCCUAACAACCUCCGAUCGUCUUAAUCUCGCCGGAAGAUGGUGGUUCCGGUGGUUAAAUUCCCAAUAUUCUUAUGCGUAAGAAGUCUAAGCGUAUUAAUACUGAUCCUAGUUCUUAUAUGGAAUGUUCACUACAGAGGAGGAUUGGCUCUUUUCUCCAAAAACAAAGCUCUACUCUUCAACGUUCAUCCUGUUAUGAUGGUGACUGGUCUUCUUUUGUUGAAUGGGGAAGCUAUGAUAGCAUAUAAAACAAUAUCAGGAACAAAGACUUUUAAAAAACUAGUUCAUCUCUCACUCCAAUUCCUAGCAUUCAUACUCAGUCUAAUUGGUUUAUGGGCUGUUUGGAAGUUUCACAACGAUAAAGGAAUCGGCAAUUUCUACAGUCUACACUCAUGGUUAGGUUUAGCUUCCUUACUCCUAUUUGCAAUUCAGUGGGGUGUUGGAUUUGCAACAUUUUGGUGCUCAUGUGGUUCAACGAAAUUCAAAGGUUCAUUGAUGACAUGGCAUAUGUUUUUUGGAGUUUACAUAUAUACCCUUGCUUUAGCUUCUUGUAUCACGGGUGUUUUAGGAAAAAUGACGUUUCUUCAAAUGCACAAGAUUAUUUCACAUUAUUGUGUUGAGGCGAUUUUGGUGAAUGUUUUGGGUGUUUUGAUGGUUGUAUUGGGUGGUUUUGUGAUUUUUGGUGUUGUUUCACCUACAAAUGGGAAAGGAGAUGUUGUUCUUGGAUCUAUUGAGCUAGAAGAACAAGCAAUGGUAUGAUCCUAAAGUACAUGGAUUUUGGUCAUGAUGAUGAUUUUCAGAAUUUUUGGAACAACAGAUUGAUGUUGAUAGAUUGAAUUCUUUAGAAACAUGUAACAAUAUAAGCUACUCUGUUGAUGAAUAGGUUAACUGGCAACACAUGUUUUGAUUGUUUUCAUGUUUCCUAUCAGUUAUUACUUGAUUCAUCUAUGCAAGUUUUGGUCAGAUUCCAAAUUGAAACCCAAA